AUGGAGGAGUAUUCCUCUACUAGUGAUGUCGACGAAGCAUACUCGACACUUUUUGCGACUUUCGCAACAGGGCGUACUAAAGCCCUCGACUGGCGGCGUUGGCAACUCAAGCAGUGCUGGUGGAUGCUGGAAGACAACGAGGAGCGGAUUAUAGCUGCAUUGAAGCAGGAUCUCAACCGCCAUGCGCUGGAAAGCAUGGCUGCUGAAAUCUACACAUUGAAGUCAGAUGUGCAGGACCAUCUCAAAAAUCUUGACGAAUGGACGAGCACCAAGCGCAUCAACUCAGGAUUUGUGAUGGGUUGCCUUGGAAAUGCACGCCUUCGCAAGCAGCCACUGGGAGUGGCUUUGAUCAUUGGUGCCUGGAAUUUCCCAUUGUUGCUGCUUCUGCAACCCAUGAUUGCGGCCGUCGCAGCAGGUUGCUGCAUAAUGCUCAAGCCCUCGGAGCUGAGCAUUCAUUCCCAGAGGCUACUGCAGGAGUUGGUACCCAGAUACCUCGACCAACAAGCGGUUAAACUCGUUACGGCCGGUCCGCAGCAGAUGUCGUACAUUCUCGAGAAGCGGUUCAACCAGAUCUUUUUCACCGGCUCCAGCAAAGUAGCACGCUUCAUCACGGCCGCGGCAGCGAAACAUUUGACGCCUACUGUGCUCGAAUUGGGCGGCCAGGGCCCAUGCAUCGUGUCCAAGUUGGCCGAUAUUGACUUUGCCGCAAAACGAAUCACCUGUGCCAAAUUUACAAACGCCGGCCAGAUUUGUCUGAGUGUGAACCAUGUCUUUGCGGAGCCUGAAAUCGUGGAUCAGCCGAUCGAGAGAAUGUCAUAUUGGAAUGCCCAGUAUCUUCGCGAAGGCUGUCAAGAUAUGUGUCGGAUAAUCAAUGACCGCCACUUUGAUCGUCUAUCAGAUCUUCUCAGCAGGACAAGCGGCAAGAUCGCCUACGGCGGUGAGCAUGACAAGAGCACGAAGUUUUUCCACCCAACAAUCGUGCGUGAUGUUGAAAUGGACGAUUCCCUCUUGUCCGAAGAAUUAUUUGGGCCUAUUUGCCCAGUUAUAGCCUGUAGUGUCUCUGAGGCGGUGGACCGAACAAACAAGUUGCCGACUCCCCUAGCAUUAUACAUCUUCUCGACCGAUCAAGCCGUUACCGACAAAAUCAUUGCCAACACCCUGUCGGGCGGAGUGACAAUCAACAACGUCUUUUUCCAUGCUAAUCUGCACAACGCUCCUUUUGGGGGUGUCGGGGAAUCUGGCUACGGCGCAUAUCACGGUAAAUAUGGUGUCGAUUGCUUUUCUCACCAAAGGGCCGUUGUCGCACCGCCAUCUUGGCUCGACAGAUUCAUGAGCUUUACCUAUCCGCCCUACAAGACGGAGAGUACGAAGUACUUGACCGUCAAGAAUUCGAUGGGCUUCAAACGAGGGAAGACAAAGGAGGAAUAA